AUGGCUCGGCGACCCGCCAAUCUGAAUCUGGGCCGUGACCGCCCUGAAGCUUUCGAACCGCCCAAAAUGUUCGCCGGACAGAACAACCUCCCCUCCCCGCGAACGGGCGAGAUUCCGCCUGCGCUGUCGCCGCUCGAUGCGUUCGCGAUGCAUUCGCGCCUGCUGGCGAAGAAGUUUGAGGAAGAGGCGCAGAAUGGGAGGAGGAUGAGCAGGUUACCGCCGACCAUGGUCGCCAAGGAGAUGAAGAAUCGCCCGGGAUAUUUCAGAAGCAUCAGCAAUGAGAGCAAGAUGACUGAUUUGGAUGAGGCGAGCGAAGAGUCAAGUCCGAUCUCAUCGCGAGGAAGAGUCGAGGACGGUUCGAACAGAGAACACCCGGAAAGAGAGCGACCUAUAAGCCAUUACCCGACGUUGGACGAUGCGGGCGCAGAUGAGGAGGUGCCUGCGCUGCCAACGCCAUACUUCGAUGCGGUUGAGAAUCCAGAAGCCACGGCAUCGUCGAAAGACGGUCCUGAUUACUUUGGCAUGCCAAGAGCAGCGUCGCCAGAGCCGGUGGAUUCCAAGAUGAUCAACGUGCAGGCACCUUCACCCAAUGCCUUCCCCAGCCUAACAAGCAGCAUCGACACCAUAUCCACACACCCCAGGACCAUGACCAAUGGCUCGCAGAGAUCGCAGCGCUCCCUAACUUCAGAUCGAGGUCUUGCUCCUCCACAAUCACCCAGAUACCCAAAAUCACCACGCAGCUUCCAAAGUAUACGAUCUGUGCCUCCAGACAGCGGCGACGAAGAUGGGCAGUCAACAAGCGGCUCACACGCUUUAUCAUCAUCACGCAAGUUCUCUGGUAGCAGUGGUGUUUCAAGACCACAAUCACCCUUCUCCCCAUGGAUGCAACCCAUCCACCGAUCACCUUCCAUGACAUCCGAAUACUCAAUCAACGGCUCGCAGCAGUUGCAACGACCAACACCCAACUUUUCAAACUUCUCGAGACCGAUGAGCAGCUCCGGUAGCAGGCCUUCGUUCGAUACAAGACCCUCAUUCGACACAAGACCAUCCACGGACAGCCGGCCUUCCUUCGAGAGACAGAUCUCCGACCUCCCCCACAGACAUCCAUCAGGUGCUAGCAGCAGCACUACACACUCAUCAAAACCACCCUUAUCACGGCAAGGUUCUGGAGAUGAUGCAACACCGUUCGCACCUCCAGACACUCCGAUGCUUCCACCGGACGGGAGUUCAAACUCCUCAUAUAUCUACGCAAAGUAUGCACUGCCGCGAGGACGACCUGUGGACCGGGAUUCGAGGGCGUUUAGGGAUUCUUGGAUACAGAAGCAGUUCGAUUGGGAUAGAGAGCACGAUCAACACCCCAACCGGCCUCAGCAUGUACACCACGAAAGGAUGCACUCAGACUUUGAGGCAAAAGCACGAGCAUCGCCUACGCCAUCAGAUACUGGACGGUCUGGUCGCAGCUUGACGCCUGGUGCGAGCGAGAUAAGGAGCAGGUCAGCGGAUCCGCGUGGAUUACAGAAAGCUGCGGCUUUCCAUCGGUCUUCGCCGUCUGUGAAAACAGACAGCACUGAUCGCACUGUCAGAGCACUGCCCCUGCAUAAGAAGUCACCCUCUGCAGAUCUAUCACCAGACGAACAUCUUGAUAUUGGCAUUUCAUGUCACAACUCAGGCGAAACCAACAAGUCAACUUACCACCUUCGACUGGCCGCGAUUGCUGGACUGCCGACUGCGAUGCUGCUUUAUGCGCUUGCAUGCAGACAUGGCUGGGGCAUGCGGCCGAAUCAGGAAGAGGGUGUCAAGUGGUUGCGGAAGGCUAUUGAAACAUCUGGGCUUGAUGUCGCCGAUGCCGAGGACAAGCUUAACGCAACGUCGGGCCAUGCAAAUCUCGACCCAAUAGAGCGAAAGAAGAGGAAAGCGCAGUACGCCCUCGCCAUCUACGAACUAGGCAUCAGUUCGAUGAAUGGCUGGGGAUGCGCCAAGGAUAAACCCUUGGCAGUACGAUGUUACGAGAUUGCUGGGAGUUGGGGUGAUGCAGAUGCGUUGGCAGAAGCAGGUUUCUGUUACACACAGGGCGUUGGCGUCAAAAAGGAUCUGAAGAAAGCCGCAUCACUGUACAGAAAGGCAGCCGACGGUGGCAUGUCGAUGGCCGGCAAUAGCUGGAUCUACAAACAAAAAUACAUGGACGAGUCGACCUCCUCCUCUACCAACAACCCCAGCAAGACCCCAGACACCACCAACAAGGAGAAGAAGCAACGACCCGAUACAGCAGUGUCGUCCAGCAAGGACACGAACAAGAAAGACAAAGACAACAAAGACGAGAAGCACGGCCGAGCCAGAUCUAGGAGUAUCUGGGGCCGGUCCAAGAAGGACAAACCCGCCAUGCCGGAUGCUUCGACGAUGCCUUCGAUGGCGUAG